CGUCUACCGACAUCAUCUACCGACAUCAUCUACUGACAUCAGUACAGCAUCUAACACAGAGAGAAAUGAACGUUCUCUUGCUGCUGAGUCUUCUGCCAGCUUUGGCAAGUGGUCGAGUGGGACUAGUUGGGGGUAAAACUGAUGUGACGGUGGAGCCUACCUACCAACCUGUUGUCUUUGCUGUGCAGGCGAUAAACAACCUGUUCCGAGCUAAAGGGGACACAACUCUACGCCAGCUAGCGGAGAUAAUCAGCGCCCAGUCACAGGUUGUUGAAGGAGAAAAGCUCUACCUCACCCUUCGUCUCGUCGGAGCUCCACAGGACGACUACUGCACGGUUGACGUGUGGUAUCGCGUGUGGCUGCGAGACGCGAACCGCCUGAUCGUCACCGGCGGCCCCACGUGCUCCACCCGCGGCAGCAGACGACGGACACCCGGUGGAGUCAGCAGUCGACAGAUACCCGGUGGAGUCAGCAGGCCUGUAGCUCUGGGUAGCAAUCCUGACAGGGAGGUGCUCAAUGCCCUUAACUUCGCCGUCUGCGCCGUCAAUGACGCAAGCAACGACGUGGUUUUCUCGGUGCUGGGCGACACGUCACGUGUGACGUAUACGCAGCAGGUGACUUCUGGGCUGACCUACCGGUUUUACAACGUGCCCCUUGUGACGUCAUCAUGCUGGAAGGAGGCCAACAGUUGCCAAAGGACCAACCUGUGGGCAUGUACGGUGUCUGCUAAUCCCAGGACCACAACCUGCGACUUGACUGUCCAGUCCCAGCCAUGGCUGACCCCUGCUUACACUUUGACAGACAAGAGAUGCAUCGCGACCAGUGUGUCUCCAGGCUGGUGAGAGUUCUGAAAGAGCAGAUGGCCUCGGAAACAUGGCGUCUGGUCCUCAUUGGUGUCAGGUCAUCGACACCAUGGAUACAACUGUGUCUUCAGCUUUGUCUUGAAGACCUUUUUCCCGCGUGUCAGUGUUCUCUGAUAAGCUUAUGAAUUAAAAUAAAAAGAAGC